AUGUCAUUAUCAGAUAUCUCGUGGAGCAACUUUGGACCGUACAGUCACCCAUCUCACGGUGAUCCUCUCUCCCCGCACUCUGUUCCUCAAAGCUACUAUUCCGACGCCGCCCCACUCGCCCUGCAACUUUCUCAAUUCACCACUCUUCUCUCGCGGGGGAACCUCAAUCCCGCCAUCAUGGAGCUCUCGCCAGAGGAGAUGGAGCGUUUUCAGAAGCUCUCAAAUGAAUAUGAACCGGACAUACAGGGACCUCUUGUCUCGCAGAAACAGCAAAGCCAGAAUAUCACCCUCGAAUAUGCUAACGCUGAUCCUACCCUUGCUACGAAAACCAGAGCCCUUGCCAUCACACAUCCUUACUCCCGGACUAUGAAAGGGGACGGCAACUGUGGUUGGAGAGCUGUCGCAUUUGGCUAUUUCGAAAAUCUCUUUGCCCUUCGCGACACGGUGCGUGUCGAGCAGGAACUGUUGCGGAUCAAGAGCCUAAGCCGGCUGCUUGAUCAAGUGGGACAAUCGGAACACCUCUACGAGAUAUUUGUUGAUGCUACGGAGUCUCUUCUGACGAACUUGAUAAGCGAGAUCCAUAAAGGCAUUCAGAGUAAUUCCUUUGACGAAUCUUUCCUGUUAGAGGCAUUUAACAAUGAGUAUGAGUCGAGCGCCAUAAUCACCCAUUUCAGGUUGCUGACUAGCGCAUGGAUGAAAUUAAAUCCCCACCGAUAUCAAGCAUUCCUCUCCAUGCCUCUCGACUCGUACUGUGCUACCAGGGUCGAAACUGUCAAGACGGAGAUUGAUGAAGUCGGUCUCCAGGCACUCGUGGACGGAGUCAUCGAAGGCUCGGGAUUCGCAGUCGAGAUUUUGUAUCUUGAUCGAAGCGAAGGAGAUGCGGUCACGCCCCAUGUCCUAACUCCGAACAGACCUAGUCCUGCCACAAUCAGGCUCCUAUACCGACCGGGCCACUACGAUCUCAUCUACCGAGCCGAACCGACGGUCAACAUGGCUCCUAUAGUCAACUUUCAAUAUGGGAUGACGACCAAUUAUUCUCCGUGGGACCAAGGGGCCCUGUCCUUCGACGUCAACCCUCAUCUGAUGGCAGUGCCGAAUCUGAUGAUGGAUCCUUCCUUCGCCUUUGGAGCGAACACGAUGCCGCCAGCACCUCCAAGUCCAUAUGUCGUAUCUCCACCGAACAAUUUCUAUCCUCCACCUGUCUCCGCCCAACCACCGCCUCCACCUCUGCCACCUCCUGUGAUGCCAUCCUCUCCGCCACCCGGUCUGCCCGUGGUGAGCCGAUCAUCUGAUGGACCGCAGAUAAGACUGAACCCGCUUGUGAUGAAGCCCAACUUGAGCCAUUCGCUUCCUGUGACGACCCCGUUCAAGAAUUCACCGUACAAUCAAGCUCACUUCCAGAACUCGGACUUCGAACCGAUACACUGGGAGCCAAGUGAACACCGUAAAUGA